AUGACGGAUUGUCGCAGCCUUCGCGACUGUUUAUUGGAGAAUGUCGACGAUUUGGAAUUUAUCACAAAACAGAUUCUCGAAUCGCUACUCAACCGAGAUAAACACCGUCGUGGAAAUGAAUCGCUGAACAGUUUGGUCACGCUGUUUGAAGGGCGGAUCAGUGAAGUCAAAAGCCUUCUCGAGAGAGUUGGCGAAUUCCGAGCCAGGGAAGACUUAAUUCGGCAGCUCGAGACAUGUGUACGUGAAAGAAAUGAGGUGAUCGACAAAUUGGAAACGAAUUUGAAAGUCGCCCCCUGA